AUGGAGCGGAGUCAUUUUAGGGAUUCAAUAAUCGGUUGCUUUAAGAGACUCGACACUGUGAUGGCUAUUGAGUCUCAAAGAAGCCACGAAUCAAGGAAGUACACAUUAAAGGAGCUCCAACAGCAGUUGCCGGAAUUAGAUAUCGAAAAAAUCUUAUUGAUUAAAUCUAUAUUUCCAGAAUCAUACGACGUGAAGAUGCUUACGAUGAAUGCAGAUAUAAAUGAAAACAUGCUCAUUAGCUUAUACGACAUCAGCUCUAAAAACAAUGGUACUAUCCUGAAAAAUUCACCAUUGAUGAGAUUACUUCCUCGGCUAAGAUUAUUCUCACAGGCUGUUGACACAAAGAUGAAUGAAUUAGGUUCCAAUCGAAGUGUUGAGGACCUAAUGACGUUUAAGCAGGAGCUUCAAAAUAACGAUAAACAUAUAGGAAUUAGCCAAAUAGGAAAGAAAGCUAUUGUGAAAAAUGAGGAAACUAAAUUUCAAUUUCAUGAAAGAGCGUCUAAUAUGUCAUCGAAUAAAGAGUCAAUUUUACAGCGGAUAAGAAAUAAAGAAAGAAACAAUGUUGGUAUAGAAAGAGAGCUACAUAGACGAAAGCAAAGAUUUAUAAAUUCAAAAUUAGAAAUGAUCUACAAUGCAUUUUAUACUGAGUGUCCACCUGGAAGCGGGAUUAAAAGCCUCACAAUGACUCAGGUUGCAAGAAUUCUGAAUGACGCAUCACAAAACCCUAUGGCAUUAGAAGAUAUAGUAGAAGGGGUCAAGAAAUUGGAUAAAGCGAUUGCUGGCAUUAAGUAUGUUGCAAUUGACAAGGUGCGUUUGGUAAGAAUACACAAUCUUAACAGAUCAAUUGACUUACAGAAUUUGAAAGCGACUCAAAAGCUCACAUAA